CAGUGAGGGAAAGCCCCUCUUCAGGGACCCAGUUCGCACACUCGCAGACGGGACGGAGCAGUCAAGGAAGAGUUCCCGGACAGCCCUUUGGAGUAGAAGGAAAGUGGGGCCAGCCAAAGAGCAGUGCCUCGCCUCAGGCAGCUCUGCGGUCCUCCUGCGACGCUUGGCCACCUGCUGCUCAGAGCGCUGCCUGACGGCCAUCUGGGAAACCUGGUGGCCCCGCACAGGUUCUGCCUGCCUUUCUCCACAGACCGUCUUCUGCUGGGAUUAGAAACUGACCCGCCAGCAGGUCCAGGCAAAGCAGUGGGAGCAGAUGGCCUACGUGGGAGGCUGCAAGCGUGUGCCGUGGCUCCCCAUGCUGGUGGUGUCACUGCUGUGCUCGGCCAAAGCAGAGUACUCCAACUGCGGCGAGAACGAGUACUACAACCAGACCACGGGGCUGUGCCAUGAGUGUCCGCAGUGUGGCCCAGGGGAGGAGCCCUACCUGUCCUGCGGCUACGGCACCAAAGAUGAGGACUAUGGCUGCGUCCCCUGCCCAGCAGAGAAGUUCUCCAAAGGAGGCUACCAAAUAUGCAGGCGCCACAAGGACUGUGAGGGAUUCUUCCGGGCCACCGUGCUGACGCCGGGGGACAUGGAGAAUGAUGCUGAGUGCGGGCCGUGUCUCCCUGGCUACUACAUGUUGGAAAACAGACCCAGGAACAUCUAUGGCAUGGUCUGCUACUCCUGCCUCUUGGCACCCCCCAACACCAAGGAAUGUGCAGGCGCCAGCCCUGGAGUCUCAGCCAACUUCCCCAGCACCUCCGGCAGCAGCACCCUGUCUCCUUUCCAGCAUGCCCACAAAGAGCUCUCAGGACAAGGACACCUGGCCACCGCCCUGAUUAUUGCCAUGUCCACCAUCUUCAUCAUGGCCAUAGCCAUUGUGCUCAUCAUCAUGUUCUACAUCAUGAAGACGAAGCCUUCUGCUCCAGCCUGCUGCACCAGCCACCCAGUGAAGAGCGUGGAAGCCCAAGUGAGCAAGGAAGAGGAGAAGAAAGAGGCCCAAGACAGUGUGGUGAUUUUCUCCGAGAAGGACGAAUUUGAGAAGCUGACGACAGCUCCAGUAAAGACUGCCAAGAGCGAGAACGACGCAUCAUCGGAGAAUGAGCAGCUGCUGAGCCGGAGCCUAGACAGUGACGAGGAGCCAGCCUCUGACAAGCAGGGCUCCCCAGAGCUGUGCCUCUUGUCGCUGGUCCACCUGGCCCGGGAGAAGUCGGCGGCCACCAAGUCAGCCGGGAUUCAAAGUCGAAGGAAAAAGAUAUUGGACGUGUACGCCAAUGUGUGUGGAGUCGUUGAAGGUCUCAGCCCCACAGAGCUGCCAUUUGACUGCCUUGAAAAGACAAGCCGAAUGCUCAGCUCCACGUACAACUCCGAGAAGGCCGUUGUGAAAACAUGGCGCCACCUGGCCGAGAGCUUUGGACUGAAGAGGGAUGAGAUUGGGGGCAUGACAGAUGGCAUGCAGCUCUUUGACCGCAUCAGCACAGCAGGCUACAGCAUCCCAGAGCUGCUCACAAAACUGGUGCAGAUCGAGCGGCUAGAUGCUGUGGAGUCCUUAUGUGCGGACAUACUCGAGUGGGCCGGGCUUGUACCCCCGGCCUCCCAACCACCCACGACAUCCUGAGGAGCCGGCCUGUGGGCUGUCCUCCCUGGGAGGCACCAAGGAUCCAAGAAGGGCUCUGGAGUUGUGAGUGCUGCCAAGAGACUGCUAAGAAUUGAGGCUUUUUCUGCUGUCACAGGCUUUGCCCUAGGCUGUUCCCAGGAACAAGAGGAAAUGAAGCCCAUCUUCUAAUCUAAUCAAAGAUAAAAUAUUAAAGCUGGGAUAUUCCCAGCUCCCCACCUGUACCUCACCUCACCAGGCAGGAUGAGUAUUUAUUCAUGAACUCAUUCAAGGGACAUUGCUGGGUGCUCAGAUGAACCAAACAAUGUGGGGAUGACAGAGGUGAAGAAUCUAUUCCUGUCUUUAAGGAGUUUACAACCUAGGGAGAGAUAGAAGAUGUGUUUACAAACCACCUUGCUAGAAGACAUCAAAGAGUCUGGGUGAGGGGACGCUAAGAAAACGUGAGAUAAGUUCUGAGGGAGGAGAUGACUCCCCAAGCAUGAUGAAGGAGGGCAGCCUCAUGAGGAAAGCAGCUUGAAAGACUGGUGACAUGUCUACAAAAGGCAGACACCCACUCCAUCUAGUGUGUCAGGUUCGGUACUUGUCUAUGGCUUCAUUGGGAUAACUUUGCCUGUUCUUGAGGCCAUCCGUAUUCCUACAGCCCUUCCAGUCACUGAUGGAAGAGUUCACUCUGUGGUCUGCCUUCUGUCACUGAUAUACAAGGUAUGUGUUUGCUCAGUCAGGUAGACCUGUGUCCAAUCUGUGGCCAGUUUCUACUGCAUGCAUCCCGGGCCUGGGACCGGGUGAUUUUGUAUUACACAUGAAUUGCUUUCCACUCUCAUCCUAGUCAGGUUUGACCCUUUGUGGGAAGCAAUGCUCAAGAACAUUAUCCAUGAUGUGUCAGCCUGUUUUAGCUUCAAACAGAAAGGAGUGGUCUGCUGUAUGUAUAAAGAGAAAUGGUGACUUUCUAAGAGUUCAGCCAAGCACAAUUGUAGAAUCUGAGCAUCCAAGACUUGUGGAUGAGACUUGAGGCAUGAAAGCUUCUGAACCAGUCAAGGAAAGUGGGGCCUCACAGCACAGGUACGGCCUGGGCUUGGAAUCAGGGACCUGGUUCUAGUUGUGUCAACUUGGACCAUUUUCUUCUCCCUCCCAGGCUUCAGUGUCUCUUCUGAUAAGGAGAGGUUAGCCUGUGGCUCUGCAAUCAGGGGAAUUAAGGUGCAGGUGGGCAACAGGGAAGUGGGGCUGUAGGAAAUCCCAGGCCUUCAAGGUGUACAUCCAAGUGAAUACAUCCAAGUGAAUACCGGGAGUCAUCAAGUAAGAUGAGACUAGAAGCAGAAGAACUCAGAGUAACUAUAGUUGUUUGACAUAUGUUUAGAGAUAAAUAAACUGGCAUUGUUCUUGGAAGAUUCUCUUACCACACAUGCUGUUGCCAAGAGCGUGGGAGCCAGUGUACUAAUCAUACCAGGGGGUUAAUUUAGAGUUCAUGCUGAGCUUCCUAAUGACAGAUCUAUGGGUUAUUACUAAAUUAAAACCAGUCUCUGGCUUACAAAGCGAUGUUUUUAAAAUUACAAGUCGCAUGACUGAGCAAAUGCUUUGGGGGGAGGAAAUCAGUCAUAUGUUCAGAGCCAACAAGCAAUUUCCCACCAAUGAAUGUAGAACAUACUGUGAUAGGAUCAUAAUUAGGUCCUGAGUAUUUAAUAUCAUCAUUUGCUGUGUCUGUUUGCUGCUGUUUUUCAGAACCUAUCUGGUAUAUCCUUGCAAGCUAAAUAGUCCAUGGCAAAACUUAAUUAUCCUUUUAAUUCCUCUUUGAAAUUCUAUGGCACCCUUUUCUCAUGCUUUGUGAUGAUGAUGAUGAGAGGCUCCCCCUGAAUCAGGCAACAAAUGUCACAUGUGAUGAGCGUACCAUUCCAGAGAGACAGCCUGCAGUUUCCCAAGAACAACAUUCUCAGUGAAGGAGCAGGGGGUGCUGUUCCCAGGCCCGGAGCUUGGCCUCAUUUCAUGGGGCCAGAUGUCCAGCCAGCAUCACACCACGUUUUGGUGACUCUAAACUUGCCAUUUUUAGGGAGCUCGUCCUUACAGAGUUAAACAUUCCUUUGUCAUUCACUUAUUUGGAAACAAAUCCAAGAAAAGUCUAUUUUGAUGGACUUUAGCCUACGUUAUGAAAUUCAAAUCAAUGAGACCACAGUGAUUACCACUGACCAGAGCCGGGAACUCCACCUUGCCAUUCUGUAUGGGGACAGGCAUGGUUUUGCUAUCCUGAAAAACAUUUAGGGAACAUCCGAGGCUAAGAGCUAUGGGUCUAGCCAGUGAAGUCUUAAUUUUCAAUAGUUUUGUCUAAUUUUGUAUACAUAACUUAUUAUAUUUUACAAUUUCAAUAAACUAAUAAAAAGGAGAUCAACAGAUUGCUACAAAGUGAGUUCUUUCCGGGGGUGGAUGAAAGGAGGAGGUGGGUGAGUGGAGAAGCCUUUGAUUUCUCUGGUCCUGGUUAUUGCCCGUGUAUGAUGAGACUGUAGGAUUGUGACCAGCCUAAAUGAAUUGCCUACAUUUUUUAUGGUCUAGGUCAUGUGUUCGACAGAAGCAAACAUUACAAUGAGAUUGUGUAAAUAAACUCCUGGAGCAUUGCUUUCCAAGUUGCCAUCACUGUAUCACUUAGCUCCUGCUGUGUAAUGCUAAAAUGCCCAGAAUUCAGUGGCUUAAAGUGACAAUUUAUCACUAUAGUUCAGAGGUCGAUAAGGAUCUCAGCUGAUGUAAGGUGGUCUCAGUUGGAUAUGGCUCAGUGGGGGCCACUGUCUGUUGGGAUACUCUCACCGCACGGUUGCUCUGUUCUGUCUCCCCCAUCCUAGGCCUCAGACCGUCAUUUAGAUUAGGCCUGCCUCCAUGACGACAAUGAAAGAAGAGCAAUAGUGCGCAGACAUACAAAGUUUCGUCAGGCUUAUACCCAGAACUGGCACAUCAUGCCUUCUAGCUCAUUCUUUUGGCCAAAGCAAGUCAUAACCCUAACUCUAUGAAGAACAAAGUCAAAUCACAAAAGGUAAAAUAUUAGGCCAGACAAUGCAAAUACCCACAGGUAUGUUUGUUUCCUAUGACUGCAGUAACAGUCAUAGGACUGUUUUUAAACCACAAACUUAGUGGUUUAAAGCAACAGAAUUUAUGGUCUUACAGUUCUGGAGGUCAGAAGUCCUCAAGUCAAAGGUUGAAUGGAGUUGUGUUCCUUGUGGAGGCUAUAGAAGAAAAUGUUGCCUGUUCUAACUUCCAGCCUCUGUCCAUAUUUGUUGGCUCAUGGUUCCUUUCCAUCUUCCAGGCCAGCAAUCCUGUCUCUCCAACCUCUGCUUCCUUUGUCACAUAUCCUUCCCGGUCACCCUCCUGCUUCCCUCUCCUUUCCCUUGUGAUCACAUGGGGCCACCCAGGUAAUCUGGAAUCAUUUCUCCAUCUCAAGCUUAAUCACUUCUACGAAGUGCAUGUGAGGUCACAUGGUCCCAAGACAUAGGGUUGAUGGACUUUAGCCUACGUUAUGAAAUUCAAAUCAAGGGUAAAUGUUUUUGAGGAACCAUUGGUUCUGCCAAUGGUUGGAUUUUUUUUUUUUAAUUUCCCUUCAGUUUAUUUAAAUUAAAAAAACAAAGAGACAAAAAACAGUUAACUCAUCCAUUCCUCCCACUCCCACCCUCAAUUCUCAGAACCACCGAUCUGUUCUCUGUGUUUAUGAGCUUGCUGGGUUGGGUUCUUUUUUAGAGUCCAGGUAAAGUGAGAUCAUACAGUACGCUUGUACAGUUCUUUGGGCAUUCAAGGUCUUUUGUGGUUCCAUACAAAGUUUAGACUUUUUGUUCUAUUUCUCUGAAAAAUAUCAUUGUAAUACUGAUAGGGAUUGCAUUGAAUCUGUACAUUGCUUUAG